CAACGGGACGCGCAAAAGCCUCCAUGGAGAUUGCUAUUGAUUGCAAACCACUAAUCAACCUUCCCUGCUCGUUAGAUACAACACAGUGCCAUCAUCGGCCUUGUCGCACAUAUAUCAUUGUUUACACAGUGUUAACACAGGUUAUACUUGUUCCGAAGCCACAGAAGACACCCUGUAGGCGUUAUCUACCUACGCAAAGCCCCGUGCUAUACACAGAUCCUCCGUGUGGUUGAGCAGGGCACGGCACCAAAUACAGGCCCGCCUUUUCCUUCACCUCGACCUUAUCACUCACAAGUCUCUACAGUUCUAGACACAAAUCGCAAAAUGCCGAGGCCGCCCACAAAACGCAAUCGCUUGACAUCCAAGGUUCCGCCAGCCGUCGAAAAUGAAAGUCAACAGAUCUCUGGACGGCAUGGUAUAUCCUCGAAGGCAAACACCAAGCCCACAGAAGACGCAAACCAGGUCGUCAUGGAAUUUCCUGAGGUGGCCCAAAGUGGCCAAGUCUCGGAGAUCAGGCGGCAAUUGCGGAAUCAGACGCCUUUAACGAGAGCACAAGAACAUGCCAUUGAGUCUUCGCCCAUUGGGGGGCGUGAGAACACAGGCAGUCGCCCGGCUACGAGAGCUCGAGGGUACUCAUCAACCCUCUCCGUUGUCGGGAGAAAGGGCGAUACAAACUCCAAAGUCCCAGGGACUCCCGCAUUCGAAAGCUCGAUAUUAAGUAAUUUUAGAAGGAGGCCCCGGCAACCAAGCAUCUUGCAGAUGAUGCAAGCAGAGGACGGUUCCUCUGACCUUGAUGAUGAUGUUUUCCUCGGUAGUUUGAGCCCGGAAGAUGAGUCCACCCCUUUGAAUCUCCCAAGGGGUAGGCCACUCCUAAUCGGACAAACUGCGUCACCAUCGCCUAGACAUCCAACUUCGUCCAGUGAUGGGUCGCGCAAGCGUAAACUAUCUGGCGAGGCACCAUAUGCUUCUCAAUCAGACUCGGAAGAUACCGAACAUUCGCCUGCCACAUCGCCUACAUCACACUGGCGACAAAGCGGGUUUGAUGUGUCUGUUGGCCAUACUCAAAACCAGAACUCCCCUGGCGCAUUCAGCCAAACGCUGGCCCCUCCCAUGAGCAGCCCGCCAAUCAGCCCGACACAUACGAUGUCACCAUCUGGAGUGGCGCAGCAGAAGCAUAUAGACAAGUCAGCUGAGCCGGCAACCAGUAAGAAGCUGGUCUUACCGACGUCAGCCCUUCAAGACAGGCUUCUACCUCGGAGGAACCGCUCACAACGUAAACGCUCUGGUAUGGACGGUUCUGAGAUCCCAGAAGAUCCAAGUGAUUGCGAUCAUUACGCCACUGCGCAGGAUGACGACGAUGACGAAUUGUACUACCUACCGCCCAAGAGGUCAUCCCGGGCACAAAGAAAGCACUUGGUGGAACAGAAAUCCGCGAAAAGUACCAGAACUGCACAGGGGCCGCAGCCAAUGGCAAAUAGUGUCGAAGGCCAGAUAACAGGCGGCCGGAACCCUGCGGCUCAGCCGAAUGCUACGGCAAGAAAACCUGGAGUUAAAAAAGUGACACACGGAUUGGGAACCUUGAGAACAAUGGGACCUAAUAAAGAGAAUGAGCUGGCUGAUACAUCGCCUUUAUCAUCCCUUUUGUCAUCCCCCCCGGACUCAGAGGCGUCCGAGUCCGAGUCCGAGUCCACUGCACAGUUUACCCUGGGCAGUCAUUUCCUUAGCGAUGAAUUGAGGUUGCAAGCGAUGAAAUUUGCGGAUGUUGAUAAGUGGGAGUUAGAUUUCGAAGACGUGGCACCUGACAGCCAAGGCAGUGAAGCCUUCAGAUAGCAGACAGCUGUAUGAUUGUUGCUCACGCGGCUAAAUACGAUUAGUUAUGGAUCAACUAGUUAUCUAAGCGAAUGGUCAGAUUUGUCUGAGUAAGGUGAUAGCCGCGCUGUUGCGAUGAUAACCGGCAACAGAGUCCGCCAAAAUAAACCCCG